UAUCUUUUCUUUCUAAAGGAAAAUCAAAUUUGGGUGUGGACGAAAAAAAACAAUUUUAAGAAACUUUCAAUCCUCACAGUAUCUCUUUCCUUCCACUUUUAUCUAUACCAAACAAACCAUAAGCGUUGCCCCUAGAAAGAAGAAAUCUAAAAAGAACCUUCCAGACUCUGAUAUAAGAACGAAAUCUCUCGCUUUCCUCUCAAUUUCGAUUAACCUACUUCUGAUAUCAGGUUCAGGAAUUAAAUUGAAAUCUUAAGAUAUGCCGGCUACAGCAGGUAGGGUUCGCAUGCCUGCGAACAAUAGGGUUCACAGUAGUGCAGCCCUUCAAACACAUGGCAUAUGGCAAAGUGCUAUUGGCUAUGACCCUUAUGCACCCAAUAAGGAAGACAAGGACACUUCUCAAAGUCAGCCAAGUGCAGAACCUGAUGCAGAGAAUGCAUAUGCCAGCUUCCAAGGGCUUCUACAGCUUGCUAAGAUAACCAAUGCCGACGUGGAUGUGUCCCGUGGAGCCUGCAAGAGGUGUGGCCGUGUUGGGCACCUCAAGUUUCAGUGCAAGAACUACGUGAAAAUCAAAGAUGACGAGAAGGAUCCUGAAGCAUUGCAGUCUCUGGUUGGAUUGGAUAAGUUGAAGGGUAAGUCUGAGAGGGUGGAUAGGAAAAGCAAUGUAGAGAGCUCAGAAGAGGAGGAAGAGGAUAGCGAGAGUUCAGAUUCUGAGUUUGAUUCAGAGAUUGAGAGGGCUAUUGCUGAAAGGUCAGGGAAGAAAGUUAGUGGGAAGAGAGGUUCUUAUAGAAAGAAGGAGGACUCAGAUGAUGAUGAGUCAGACAAAGAUUCUGACCGGAAGAGGAGAAAGAGAGGCAGAGCAAAGAAGAGGAGUGUUAAGACUAAUAGGGCAGCUAGUGAUUCGGAUGAUUCCGGUGAAAGGAGGAGGAGGAAGAAAAAGAGGGAGCACAGAAGAAGCAGAAGGGACAAGUCUCCAGAUGAUAGUGAUGAACAUAGUCACAAAAAAAGGAAGAGUAGGAAGGAGAAGAGGAGAAGGAGAAGCCGUCUGUCAGAUUCUGAUUCUGAAACAUCUGAGGAUUCCUCUUCCCGUCACAAGCGGAAAAGCAAGAAGACACUGUCGUCAUCCGACAAUGAUUCUAGUGAUGGAUAUAAUGAUUCAAGGAAGGGUAGGGAAGUUAAAAAAUCAGAAAAGAGGAGGAGACGCCACCAUGGAGAUGACGAUUAGAGGGGCAAUGGAGUAGUCAAUCUCAUGCGUCUAAAGUUUUAUGUAUCAUAAACCUAUAUAUGCCAAUAUUGCACUUGCUUAUGGUUGAGCUUCAAAAUUUGAAUCUGGUUAUCAGUAUGACUUGUGACUUGAUAUUAUUGUAUUUUCUGAACUUAUUGGUGAUUGGAUAUUUGAAUGAUUGUUUUGGUUUUGUAUGAACUUAAAUUUUUUGGUGUUA